AUUAUCUUUACUCUUUCUUUCCAUAUAAACAACUCCAUUCAUAGCCUAUCUAGUAGAAAUUACAAUAUUUUCGUUUCUAAGUAGCUAUGGCCACUAAUGAGUUGAGGCUUUUGGGUGGCUGGUACAGUCCAUUUGCAGUGAGGGUACAAAUUGCCCUUAGCAUCAAGUGUUUGGAUUAUGAGAACAUUGUAGAAAACUUGAAGUCCAAAAGUGAGUUGCUUCUUCAGUCCAAUCCUGUAUACAAGAAAAUCCCAGUUCUCAUUCAUGGAGAUAAACUCAUUUGUGAAUCUGCAAACAUAGUUGAAUAUAUUGAUGAAGUUUGGAAAGAUAAUGGUGCUCCCUCUAUCCUUCCUUCAAAUGCUUAUGAUAGAGCCAUUGCUAGAUUUUGGGUUGCCUACAUAGAUGACAAGUUCUACAACUCCAUGCGAAAUGGUUUAUUUGCUCAAGAUGAAGAGUCCAAGAAGACAUAUUUCGAGCAACUAGAAGUAGUUCUUGCAACCUUAGAAGAUGCUAUCAACAAAUGCAGUAAAGGAAACCACUUUUUUGGAGGAGAUAACAUUGGAUUUAUUGAUAUUGCUUUUGGAUGCUAUUUGAGUUGGAUGAGAGUCAAAGAGAAAGUAACUGGAAAGAUGUUUGACGAAGCCAAGACUCCUGCAUUGGUGAAAUGGGCUGAGGCUUUUGCUGCUCAUCCUGCUGUCAAGGGAAUUCUACCAGAAACUGAUAAGCUCUUGGAGUAUGCCCAAGCUAUGUUACAAAAGUAAUCUUGUUGCUUCUACUUAAUUAUAAGUAAAUGGAUUGUGAGAAAACUUUUGUUUCUAAAUUGUUGUCUGAAUUGCUUUGUAUUUCCUUCCUCUUUAAAAUUUGUGUCAAGUACUCUCUUAGACUCUUUUGUAAUAGGGUAGAGUACCCCCUUUAUUCCUAUUAAUUCAUGAUUUGCUAAUAAAAAAACUGAUAUAUCUAAUUUUAUUUA